GUGGUGCCAUUACGUGGAAAUCAACCAAACAAACUAUAAUUUCUAGAUCCACUAUGGAGUCCGAGCUUAUUGCUUUGGAAGUAGCCUGUAGUGAAGCGGAGUGGUUGAAAUCUUUCUUAGCAGAAAUUCCGGUUGGUACAAAACCAAUACCAUCUGUGUCUAUUCAUUGUGAUUGCAGAAGUGCAAUAGAUACUGCUAAGAAAAUGUGUUAUAAUGGGAAGAAUAGACACAUUCGUUUAAGACAUAAAGUCAUUAAACGAUUAUUGAAGAAUGGAAUUGUGUCCAUUAAUUUUGUGAGGUCACAAGGAAAUUUAGCGGAUCCUUUGACAAAAGCCCUAGGACGAAAAUUAAUAACCGAAACAUCUAAGGAAAUGGGACUAGUGUCACUUGAAACGAAUGGGGAUGGGAACCCAACUUGUGUGAUUGGAGAUCCCAUGAAGCAAGUUCAUAUGGGUAAUAACAAAUCUCCCAUUUAGUUCUGCUAGCCUAACUGAAGUUGUCCAUUUCCAUGAUGUGAGAUAUUGGCUAGAAACCGCAUACUUUGAGAGGAUGAGCUAAAAGCUCUUAAUGAUUAUCAUAGCCCUUACUUUUAGGGUGGUGUGCAAAAGCGGUACACACUUGAUGAUGUCACCUAUAUGAGUGUGAGGUGCGGCCGCCUCCAUGAAGCAUGACAAAACUUCUAGAGCACUCAUGAAAACCAAGCACGCGCAUGGCCUUACGGCGCACAACGGCGUAAUAACGAGAAAUUGUGCGGGGAAAGACACGACCGUUAAGACCCUGAUUUACCAAUAGUGGCUUGUUGGUUUCAAGAAACUAUAGGUUUCACCAAAAGCUCGGUUUAUUAAGACUUAAUCGUCUCGGUUUGGUUUCAAGUCUACGGACACCAAACUUAAAGUCUUAUUCCUUUAAUCCAGCAGAUACUUGUCUAAACAAUUUUUUUUUUCUCAAAAUAUUCAUUUGAAAUAUGUGGGGGAUUGUUGGAAACUUUGAUAGUAUUUCAAUUGAAUAACACUUUAUUAGUCAAUUUUAUAAGUUAAAUAUUUUCAUAUAUUCUAUUAAUAUAUUAUUAAGUGAAUCUGUGAAUGUAUGUGCAUUUUUUUCAAAUGCUAACGUCCUGCAAUUAUACGAUCCACUACAGCUCUGAACUUCAUAACGGUUUGGCGUGCAGGAGUUUUCAACAUCAAAGUAAUUUAAUAUUCCAAACGUUAGCUUAAUAAAGAAAUUUUAAAGUUUUGUAACUUCGGCCGUUUCUAUCUGGAUAGCAACGUUCGUGUUACAUGUAUAUAUAUACAUGUGUUCGACUAUGCUAGAGAGACCCGAAGGAAAGGAAUAAUUUUGAGCUAAAAACAUCCCCUAAUAUUUUCACUCUGCUGGAUUAAUAUUAUUUUCUACUCUCGUUGUUCUGUUACCGGUUUACACCGAAGAGCUCGUUAUAUCUUGGAGAAAGGUUUUCGCUAGUCGGAAAUACUUUCUUGAGGACAGCGUCUGACGCGUCUCGAGCUAGAUUAUUUUCUAACGUUAUUUUUGCAGGUUUAUCCGACCGAAUUUCCUCCAACAUAUCCGGAGCAUCUCGAAGCUGCGGCGAGCUGGAAUCGAGGUGAAGCUGAGGAGGGACAAUGAUUGUAAGAGGAGCUUUCUGCAGGUGGAAUUCAAUCGAGGAGUGAUCCGGAUGCCGCUGCUGGAGCUGGACGACACGAUGUGCGCGUUCUUGCUGAACUGCGUGGCGUUCGAGCAGUGCCACGAGGGGAAAGACAGGCGGAUGUCGGAGUACGCGAAGUUCCUGGACUGCCUCAUAGACACGCACGAGGACGUGGAUCUCUUGUGCGAGGCCAAGAUCUUGCGCCACCACUUGGGGACGCAGCGUGAGGUGGCGGAGUUUGUGAGCCGGUUGGGGAAGGCGGCGGCGUGCAGUGCCGACGAAAGCUACUUGAGAGACGUGUACGAUGGAGUGAACAAGUACUGCGACAAAAAUUUCCACGUUUACUUGGCCGAGGUCAGGGACACCCACUUCCGAUCUCCCUGGACCUUCCUGUCUCUGUUAGCUGCCCUUAUUCUCCUUGCUCUCACCGUGGGUCAGACCAUCUACACCAUCUAUCCUUAUUAUCACCCACACGAAGAAAAACAUACUCCAGCACCACCACCAAAACCAUAUCCUUAGUCCUAUUUUGAAAAUUAAACGUUAGAAUUUUCAGGGGUGUUUGAAUAUGAUUUUAAAAUUGCUUCUACUCCCUGUCUUAACGGAGCAGAAAUAAAAGUUGGAGUGUUUUGAAAAAAGUGCAAAAGUGAUUUUCUUGCUCUAAUGUACUCCUAGAAUCCAUUCUCACGGUGGCGCAGACCAUCUACACCAAAUAUCCUUAUUAUCACCCACACGAAGAGAAACAUACUACCGCAGGAGCACCAAAACCAUACCCUUGGCUCGUAACCUAAAUGGGAACCUUCUCAUAAAAGUUUGAGAAGUCCACCUAAAUAAUUGAGAAGUCCAAUUAAGAGGAGAAUAGUGUACGAGAACCUUUAAAUGGGACGGAGGGAGUAGUAUAUAUAUUUGAUCAAUUUAUAGUGAAAGGGAAAAUAUGAUUAUUCAGUUGGGUCACAAGUAAUUCUUAGAAGGCUAAGACACCCAAAUCAAUUAUUUUAGCCCAAAUAAAUCUAUUUUAUACCAAAUCCCUAGAGAAGCUAUGCCAUUCUCGUUCACGAUCGCCGUACUCAAUGAUUUGUCCCAAACGAGGUUCUCAUCUCCUUUGAUUCAACUCUUCGACUAAAGCUAUAGUCCGAGUUUUGUGACAAUUGAAAUAUUGGUAUUUCAAUUUGCCUUGCUUCCAUGCUUCCUUUUUGUUCGUCAUAAUUGAUUCGUCAAUUCAGUUUCUAUCGAAGAUUUCUUCUUCUUUCUCUGUAUUGAAAUAUCUUCCAUGUUUAAGGAUUUCUAAACUAUCCUCCAUACUCAUCGCAGCAGUAACUUGUUUUUACAAAAAGGGAGCUGAUUGCUAUUUAAAUACGGAUUAUCUUUUUAGGAGUGUUUUCAUCCUUUGUGUUAUCACCGGUGGACAUAACAUAAUUUUUAGAGGUUUUUACAACAAUAUUACUAAAAUAAAACUUAUUUACAUAAAUAUGACUAUUCAUUACUACAACGUAGUGUUGUAGUACCUUAAGUUCAGAACUUAAACAUGAAUUACUAUGAUUUCAUUACUACUCUAGUAACUAAUCAUAUAUAUUUUUGUAAAUCAUCUUUAUUUUGGUCAUAUUAAUGUAAUUAUUUCUAAUUUUUAUUUGUCUACCUACACGAUAUAUAGCUUUUAAUAAACGUGGGAUUUAAUCACUGAUCAAAUUGGGUGCUGCUACUACUUGUUUUAAUUACUUUCGUUACUUAGACUGUACGCAUUAGCUAGUUAGUACUCAACCGUACGAUUCUUUUCUUUAAACUUUCAUUUAUGACCCAACAAAUUCUUUUUACCAAUGUUGAUUACUCCAUUGAUUUUAAAUUCUGUUUUAAAUUGAUGGGCAGCAAAAUAGUCAUGUUCCAUGGUUUUCUAAAAUCUGAAGUUUUGUUUUAAGGUUAAGUGGGAGAUCACGUUUGUGAUUUUAACAGUAGGAAAUGAGAUUUAAAGUUUUUUAGCUGUUUGGCUCAUUAAGACAAGACUUCUAAAUUUUGAAUAUUCUAAAUAAAGAUUUAAGGGAAGAGCUUAUCGGAAGACGUUAUCAAGCUGACAUACUUCUUUGAGUAGUUCGAAUUCUGCUUCUAUCAUAUACUAAAGGUAAGGCCAAGACCUAGGAAGAUGAUGAGGGAGUGGAACGCGUGCCAAGAUGAGUUAACGGGAACGACCCUGGGUAGCUUCUAGAUAGUUAUUAUUUUAUUUCCGUACACUACAAAAAAACACGCGUUUAGUCACGGACGGUAGUCACGGAUUUGGUCCGUGACUAGUUUUGUCACGGACUAGUCACGGACUAGUCACGGAUUUAAAAAAAAAGAUUAGUCACGGAUCGGGCCGUGACUAUGACCGUGACUGACGUUAGUCACGGUCUGAUCCGUGACUAAAAUGGUCCGAUAGCUCCGAUUCCAUUUCCGGCGUGGCUUGUUUUACUCCGGCGACUUAGUCACGGACGUUUCCGUGACUAAGUCCAUGACUAAAAAAAAAUUAAUGCCGUAAAUCCUUUCGCAACGGUAUUCUGUACGGAUAAAGUUAGUCACGGAUUUGUCCGUGACUAAUACCGUGACUACGUUGAAUGACACGUCAUUUACACGUCAUUAACACAUGUUGGACGCGUAAUGGACACGGCUUUGCUUAGUGACGGACAAAUCCGUGACUAAGUACGUGACUAAAUUUUCUAUAUAUGCAAGAUCAACUCAUUCAACAGAACCACACCAAUUCAUUCCCAGUAUAUAGUGUAUAUACAGCAUCUGUUUAACAUAUCAAAGGAUGUAGUCUAUCUUCUAUCAUUUUCCCUGUUUAUGCAGAUAAGGUAUGUUACUCGAAUUAUUAUUUUUAUUUAGAAUUAAUUAGUUGGCUCAAUUAAAUUAUUAAAACUAUUAAAUUUUUGAGGGUGUUAAUUAAUUAACAACAUAUUU